CAGCUCUUGACGAGCAUAGAUCAAGCAUGGUUCAAGGUUCAUCCCUAUAAAUAAGAGCAUAUAUCAACUCUCUAAAAUUGUAGAUAUCACUUCAGUGAUUAUCUGUUCUAAAGAAAAAUCAUGUUCAUGGGAGAGAUGUUGACUCAAUUUGGGUCAAUAAUUGCUAGCAUAAUGUUUGGUUAUGCCAUGUUUCAGCAAUACUUCCCAUACGAUCUUCGGCGUUAUCUCACAAAAUACACAGACAAAGUCGUGGGGCUGGUCUACCCUUAUAUCCAUAUUACUUUCAAUGAAUACUCUGGCGACCGUUUCAAGCGCAGUGAAAUCUACUUAGCCAUCCAAAACUACCUCAGCACCAAUUCCACUGCUCGAGCCAAACGACUCAAGGCUGAUGAUAUCAAAGAUACCAAAUCAUUGGUUUUGACCUUGGCCGACAAUGAGGAAGUCACUGACGAUUUUCAGGGCGUGAAACUUUGGUGGACUUCUUACAAAAGCGUCCCCAAAAACUCGUCGUUUUCGUGGUAUCCCAACUCCGACGAGAAGAGGUUCUACAGGCUCACCUUCCACAGACGCCACCGAGAACUCAUCACCACCACUUAUCUCAAUCACUUGGUUGAAGAAGGAAAAAGCAUAGCGAUCAAAAAUCGGCAACGAAAGCUUUAUACUAAUGGCUCUGGUGAGAGCUAUUACGGGGGGAAAAGGAGCAAGUGGAGCCAUGUCCUUUUCGAGCAUCCGGCCAGUUUCGAUACUCUGGCUAUGGACCCCAAGAAGAAGCAGGAGAUUAUAAACGACCUUCUUAAGUUCAAGAAGGGAAAAGACUACUAUGCUAAAAUUGGGAAAGCUUGGAAACGAGGGUAUCUUCUUUAUGGUCCUCCCGGGACUGGAAAAUCAACCAUGAUCUCUGCCAUGGCUAACUUUCUAGAUUAUGAUGUGUAUGAUUUGGAACUCACGGCCGUUAAGGAUAACACUGAGCUGAAGAAGCUGUUGAUCGACACUUCGAAUAAGUCCAUCAUUGUGAUUGAGGAUAUUGAUUGCUCACUUGAUCUUACUGGUCAACGAAAGAAGGAGAAGGAGAAAGAUGAAGAUGAAGAUAAAGAAAAGAGUAAAGACCCUAUUCGCAAAAAGGCUGAAGAAGAUAACAAUAAGAGUAAGGUCACACUUUCUGGUCUUUUGAACUUCAUUGAUGGGAUUUGGUCAGCUUGUGGAGGUGAGAGACUUAUUGUGUUCACUACUAACUAUGUUGACAAACUUGAUCCUGCUCUUAUUCGGAGAGGGAGAAUGGACAAGCAUAUAGAGCUCUCCUACUGUGGUUUUGAAGCGUUUAAGGUGCUUGCCAGGAACUACUUGGAUGUCGAGUCACACGAUUUGUUUCCGACGAUUGAGCGUUUGUUGGGGGAAACAGAGAUGACUCCUGCUGAUGUGGCUGAGAAUUUGAUGCCAAAAUCUGACGAGGAAGACGCGGACAAGUGUUUGAAGAGUUUGGUUGAAGCUAUUGAGAACGCCAAGGAGGAAGCUAUAAAAAAGAAGGCUGAGGAUGAGGCAAAGUUGAAGGAAGAAGAAGAAGCUAAGUUGAAGGCUCAAGAGGAAGAAAAGGUGAAGGCUGAGAAAGAAAAGUUGGAAAAAGAGAGUGAACCAAAGCCUGAUAAAGUCGAUGUGAAAUGUAAAUGUGGUAAUGGAACAUUGGAUAAGGAAGUGAAAGAGAAUGGAUCAGUCACAACAUAGAUUAAGUUUUUGGUUAGAAAUAAGUUGCACUAGUCUUUUGAUUAUGCUUUGAUUUACAUGGUGGUAUCAGUUAUCCAUGUCUAUGGUUUCUCGAUUUUCUCUUUGAGAUCAGCACACUUAAUAUCAGUUAUGUGACUCUGUA